CGUCUGUGACGGACGCCAGCGCGGCCACAGAGGCCGCAGACGAGACUGGUUGGAAGCUAGUCCUCGGAUCGCCGCUCGAGAGCUGGGCGAUCAUCGUGACGGACCUGCUGCGACUGGCGCUGCGCCGUACCAGGUGGCACUGCGAGGGCGAGGCUCUCAAGGCCAUCAAGGCUCGCGGCCGCGAGGCACUCGCCCAGGCGCAGCAGCAGCAGCAGCAAGUCAUCCAGCGGCUGGCAGCCCAGGCGGAGUCCGCCGAGGCCAGAGUGCAGGCGGCAGAGGCUAUGGCUCAGGAUGCCCGAGGUCAAGAGCAGCAGCAGCGAGCAGCUCAGCCUGGUGUCCCGCCGCAGGAGACAAACAUAUUGAUUGACACACGGGUCCUCGGCAAGCCUAGUGACUUCAACGGCGAGCCUGGGACCUGGCGUGACUGGGGUACGAUUUUCCGAGCCUAUGCCAGCGCGUGCGAGCCAGCCCUGAAGGAUGCCAUGGACAGGGCUGAGCACGCCGACGCGCCAGUGCUGAACGCGACGCUGCCCGACGACCAGGUGCGCCUCAGCAGCCAGCUCUACUAUAUGUUGGUCAUGCUGAACAAAGGGCUCUCGUUAGACCGCAUUGUCAGUGCCGGAGUGAACGAGGGGCUGGAGGCGUGGAGGACCCUGGUCACCUUCCACGAGCCUCAGAGCCGCACCCGGGCAGCAGGGCUCCAUCAGGAGCUGCUCUCGUGGGACUUCGAGGGUGACGCCCCCUCGAAGCUGAUCGCGUUCGACAGGAAUGCCAAGCGCUACGAGCAGGCUGUGGGCGCAGAGUUUCCCGACGAAAUCAAGAUAGGCGUCCUGGUCCGCUCGCUCAAGGAGGGCCCGCUGCGCCACCACUUGCUCCUCAACAGCCAGCGGCUGAACACCUGGGAGCUCGUGAAGGCCGAGGUCGAGAACCUCAGGCGGGCCCAGAUUGCGACGACGGCGAGCACUGGCACAGGCCCGACCCCGAUGGACGUCGACUCCCUGGCGCGACAGCUGGCCGCUCUCGGCUUCAAGGGUGGCAAGAACGGCAAGGGCGGCAACGGCAAGGGCAGGAACGGCAGGGCCGGCAAGGGCAAGGGCGCCGACGACCUGCCGACCAAGCCGCGCCCGAUCUGUGGCAAGACAGGUCACUGGAAGCGAGACUGCCGGUGGAAUACGACGGCUGCGUCAGGCAAGGCACCGCCGAAGGGCGGUGGAGGUCGAGGUCGCGGCAAAGGCAAGGGUGAAGCCAAGGGCGGUGACGGACCGAAGCCGAAGCCACGUUGGACUUGUGGUUCGACAGCGCAUCUGGCCAAGGGCUGCCCGGUCGCCAAGAAGUCUGGCGCCCUGGGCGAGAUGGGCGAGCCUGAGCCUCCUGAGGGCUUGGGUGGCCUCUUCCUGGCGGCGCUCGACCUGUCGGCCAUGUCCUCGAGCUGUGAGACGGUGCGCUUCGGGAUCGACUCAGGCGCGGCGGUCACGGCGAUCCCGCGCGCGCUGGGGACCGACUACCCGAUCGCGGAGAGGCCGUCGGGAGCGCAGUACCUCAGCGCGACGGGCGAGCCGAUCCCAGACGAGGGCCAGCGCAAGCUCAUGGUGCAGACUGGUGGUGCGCUGCGUGGCAUCAGGGCCCGCGUCACGGGCGUCAGGCGGCCGCUGCUCUCGGUCUUCGACCUCGUGAAGAGCGGCCGCCGCGUGGUCUUCGAGCAGGACCAGCACGGCAACGACAUCAGCCACGCUGUCCACAUCGAGAGUGGCAAGACCGUCCGCUUCACGCGGAGGCAGCGCACCUGGGACCUGGACGUGAGCAUCGUGCCAGCUACGGAGGUGAGCCAGAUGUCCCAGACCCUCGUGCGGGAGCUGCCGCUCUGCUCGGUCGAGGGUUGCCGUGGCUGCAGCAAGCCACAGGAGUGGUACCUCAUGGAGUUGAUGAUGGACAAGUUGCGACCAUCGAGAGUCACCUCGGCGCAGCCGCAGGUGAUCCUGUCCCGCCAGGUGGAGCUGCCGUGGCAGGGGACGACGGAGUUGGAAGCACAAUCGAGCUCGAGGGUGACGCCGAGGAGCGCCACGAAUCUCAGCCCGCUCCAGUGCGAGCACGACGGGGGCCGAAGGAGCUUACCCAGGCUGAGAUCGAGCAACACGAAGCAGCAGGUCACGUACCCUUCAGAGACUGGUGCUACUGCUGCUUGGCUGGGCGCGGCCGCGCCGAUGGUCACCCAGCGGACGUUUGCAGUUGACUACGGAUACCUCGUGAAGCGGGAGGAGGUGGAGUCGGGCCAGUCCGUGCUCCCCAUCCUCGUCGGCAUCGACUCAGCCACCUCGCGGGUCAGCGCCGACGUCCUCCCGUCCAAAGGCAUCCAGCAUGAGUGCAACGUGGUCCGCGCCUUCUGCCAGGUGGAGGCGACCGGCCACCCGAAGAUCAUUUACAAGUGCGAUGGUGAGGGUGCCUUGGUGGCGCUCAAGCGAGAGGCGACGAUCCGCCUCAGGAACCUGAAGUUCGAGGUCGUGCCCGAGGAGGCGCCGGCCUACGACAGCGCCAGCAACGGCCUGGCAGAGGUAGCAGUGAGGGAGGUCAAGGGCGUACCACGGUCUCGGCGAGUCGCCCUGUCCCUGCUGCGCGGCACAGACAUCCCGAACGACCAUCCAGUGUUGACUUGGCUGGUUGCUCACGCUGCAGGGUGUAUCAAUCGUGGCAAGAUCGGCGCCGAUGGACGGACGCCGCACGAGAGGCACAAGGGCAAGGCCUUCCGCAAGGUGCUGCCGCCUUUCGGUGAGAUCAUCGUGUUCCUCCCGGGUGCGAGGUGCGACACCAAGUUCGAGGAGCGCUGGAAGAUUGGAGUCUUCCUGGGCGCCAUCGAGAAGUCGAGCGAGAUGCUCGUCGGCUACGACGGCAGGGUCGCACGUGCGCGGUCUAUCAGAAAGAGGCCGCCGAGUCAGCGGGCUGAUGCAGCCCUGUUGCUUUCGAUCAGGGGCGCGCCAUGGAUGCCGACCCCGGACAAGCCAGAGAACGUUCGCAUCCCGACGGUCAUUGACGAACCCCCUGUCGACCCCGCUGCACAGCAGCCGAGGGUUGUGCCAGAGCAGGUUCCAGCUGAACCUCGGAACGUAUACAUUCGCAGGAGCGUGGAGCUGGCCAAGUACGGUUUCACAGACGGGUGCCCGGGCUGCCUCGCGGCCCGCACCAACGCGCCAGCCAAGGCCCACAGCUCGGAGUGCCGUGAGCGCAUCCAGCAGGCCCUGGCGAACGACCCGGAGCUUGCCCCCCGAGUCUUCGGAGCGGCGGCUCGCCAGCUGGAGGCUGCUGACAGGGCGCCUGCGCGCCAGGAGGGCGCGCGCUCUAGGGCACUGCCUCAGGCAGCCAGCCCGGCCGAGGCGCCGAUGGAGAUCGCGUGCGGUCCAGCACCCCUCGCGCCAGCGAUCAGCGGCGAGCAGCCGAGGGCGCCCGCGCAGGCGCCAGCCACGCCUCAGGCGCAGGCUGCUGGGUCGAGCGGGCUCCUCCAGGCGCCGCCUGGAGCUGGGGAUGCCAUGGGCGCGGACUCCCUGGAGCUCUGCGCGCUGCUGGCGGCUUUCGGCGACUGGAGGGUGGCCGUCAGCGAGCUGCACGGACCAGGACGGUUCACAUCUCGGUCGAGUGCGUUCGACCUCGAGCCCGGCACAGCCUACGACACCAGGACCGGCUACGACUUCAGCCAGGAGGGCGACAGGCAGCGGGCGCAGGCCACCAUAGAGCUGGAACAGCCCCUGCUGAUCACUUGCAGCCCGAUGUGUGCGCCGUGGUCGAACCUGCAGGCUCUCAACGUCAUCCAGGGUGUGGACGUCAACGCCAUCAUGGAGCGAGGCGUUGCCCACCUGGUCUUCUGUGCCGAGCGCUACAAAGAGCAGAUCAAGGCGAUUGCCCGCGGCCAGCUGGGUGCGCUGGAGGCCGGGCCGCACCUGGGCGAGCCACCGAUCUGGGACGCCUACCCCGAGUACUACACGGAGAUCGUUGACAACAUCAGCGGGGCCGCUCUGGACCCCGAGCUCGCGGCAGCUGGCCGCAAGGGGGAGAUGGAGUUUCUCCGCGGCCUGGGCGCCUACGUGCACGAUGCCAAGCAGCGCUGCCGCGAGGAGACCGGGCGCGACCCGGUGCCCAUGAUCUGGGUGGACGUCAACAAGGGUGACGACCGCAAGCCCAACGUCCACUGCAGGCUGUGCGUGGCGGAGACACGCUACCGCACGAGCAUGGACCUGGGGGGCCCCUCGCAGACGUUCAGUGCGACACCCCCGUAUGAGGCUCUCAGGAUGUUGAUUUCCUUCUGCUUCUCGCCCAGGAACGCCGAUGAGGACCAGCACGUCCUCAUGUUCCUGGACAUCACUAGAGCUCACCCGCGCUGCGAGAUGAAGCGGAAGUUGUGGGUGAAGCUUCCUGCGGAGGAUCCUCGCUCAGCUGACCCCAGCGUGUGUGGGGUGCUGGUCAGGUGCCUCUAUGGUUGCCGCGACGCGGGUCAGAACUUCGAGCUGCUGGUCCGUGAGACGCUGGAGGGCAAGAUGGGCUUCUCCUGUGGCGUGUGGUGUCCCUGCAUAUACCGCAGAGGCGACGGCGAGCUCGUGGCCUACGUCUACGGCGACAACUUCGUGCUGAAGGGCUCCCGCACCGACAACCUGGAGUUCUACCGCGAGCUGCAGGAGUACAUGUGGGCCAAGCUCGAGGGCUUGUUGGGACCCAACAAGAGUGCUGGUGAUGUUCAGGAGGCGGUCUGCCUGAACCGCGUCUUCCGCUGGACCUCGGGAGGCGAUGUGGAGCUCGAGGCUGACUCCCGCCACGCGCUCAUCAUGAUGCAGCAGCUGAACCUCUGGCGCGGGUCGAAGGCCCUCUCGACGCCAGGAGUGAAGGCCAAGAGCGUGGACCGUGACGGGGUCCUGGAGGGCGAGGAGGCGACUCGCUACCGCAGCCUGGUCAUGCGAGCCAGCUAUCUCAGUGAGGACCGCCCGGAUAUCAAGUACGCAGUCAAGGAAGCAGCGAAGUACAUGCACGAGCCGUGUGAGCACGGCAUGGAGCUAGUCAAGACGAUUGCCAGGUAUCUCCUGGGCCGUCCGAGGCUGGUUCAGAGAUUCCGACGCCAGCGAUGGUCGGGUGUGCUCAAGGGCUUCUCGGACAGCGACUUCGCUGGCUGCCAGGAGACCAGGAAGAGUACGAGCUGCGGAGUCUUCCAGCUGGGUGAGGCCGAGUGGCGUGCUCUAGUGCACACUGCGUCCUGCGGGAUCGGCCUGGUGUUGUUGGCGCGCGACAUGGGAUACGAGCUGGAGCUACGUUUGGCUGGCGACGCUACGGCCGCCAGUGGGAUCGCGCAUCGCCGAGGGGCAGGGCGCAUCCGACACAUCGAGACAAAGACUCUCUGGCUCCAGCGUCACGUAACCGAGCGUCGAGUCAUCCUUUCCAAGACGCUCGGCAAAGUCAAUGUGGCAGAUCUCGGUACGAAGCAUCUGGCGCAAAAGGAGCUGGAUGAGAUGCUGGGACUGCUGGGAUUGUUCGCGGCUGCGGGCAAGUCUGACCUCUCUCUCGCGGUCGCAGGCAACUUGCUUGAGCCCGACCUAGCUUGCGAGCCCGAGGGCAAAGAAGAGGUGCAGAACCUCACGGCCGAGCGCCGCGAGGAGCUUGCGAAGUUCAAGGAAAAGAUUAUCCCGCCCAAGCCGAUUGCGCCAGAGCCCCUCGACGCCAAGUACCAGAGGCUCUUGGCUGCAGAGAGGAAGGCCGCGGCGGCGCUUACCAAGGCGGCGACCUCAGAGGACAAAGCCAAGGCAUGGGUGGUCGAGUGCGAGGUCCAGGAGACCCUCGCGGCGAUCAAUGAGGCGCGCGGCAGGCCGACGCCACCCGCUUUCUCAUCCACGGCGGGCGGCCUCAACCUCAGCAAGUUGCUCCUCAGCGGGGAAGACCUCGCGUUCGAGGAAGGCGAGGCCUUCGACACCUCAGACCUGGAGCUCGGCGCUGAGGACGCCCAGACGUGGGCCGACCUCAAGCAUAAGUUCCUCGACGAGCUCAAGGAGAAGGUCAAGGAGGUAUUCGGCGCAGGCGCCUCGGCCAUCCAGCGGCGGAAGCAGGAGCUCGAGGCCAUGCGCAGCAGGAAGCCGGGGCCGCACUUCGUCGCGGGACCGAUUGACUUCUGGGACUUCCAGGCGCUGACAAUUCAGAUGGAACAUGGACAACUUACAGUAAUCAUCGUGUACCUCACCACGUCCAUUGGCGCGGCGGGCCAGAACCUCAUCAAGCUCCAGAACCUUGGGGCAAUCAGCAAGAGCUUCACAGGAGAUUGUAUUGCCAUAGGUGAUUGGAACCCCAUUCCUUCGGAGUUGGAAGCAUCAGGUUGGGUCAGCUAUGUGGACGAGCGCACUUGCAAGCCCUCCAAUGUAUCGUUCGCCCAGUUCACGGGAGGCCGACUCCUCGACUGCGCAGUCAUCGGAGGCCCAGGCCACCAUGUGCCCGCCAAGUUAUUCGCAGAUACUAUGGGAGACCACAAGAGUCACAUGGGCUUGGUAGCACAGUGCGCAUCUCAGUCGGCGCCAGCAUGGGCGCUGAUACUUCCUACCCCGUUUUCUUUUUCACACCCUCCACCUGAGAAGAUGGCGGCCGACCCGAACAGCAAGAAGUCUCGGGCUAAGCAAGAGGCCGAGCAGCGCAGGCUGGAGCGGAUGCUGGACAAUCCACUGGAGGCACUCGACCCCGACGCCAGCCAGACGAUCUCCCAGCAGGACCCAGUGGGCGGCCCGCCCUUGCCCGCGCACGUGCGCGACCCGCCCAUGCCCCCUGGCACAGAGCGGCAGCUGGCCCGCGCCGGGGGGAACAACGCCGCGCUGACCAGGGACAUCAACCAGCAGCCGUCGCACGACCAGCUGCUAGCGGGCACUGGAGCGUGCACCGCCAACUUUGCCACGAGAUGGCGGAGCACGAUGGCUGCGUGCACACAGCCAGUGGCCAAGGCCCUUGCUCGCAUGGGCACCGCACUAUCGGAGGCUGGAGAGAACGCUGCUGACAUCAUCUACACUCACGCCCACUCGAUGCCCGACGACAAUCUGGUGCCCAUCGACUCGGCCACCAAGCUCAAGUGGCAGCACGGCCUGGCAGCAGCGAGGCAAUGGUCGGCCGAGCAGGCCUUCCAGGAGUGGGUCGUCCAGUGCACGGCCAAGAAGCCCAGCAAGGUUUUCAAAUGGAGCGUGGACUCGGCAGCAACCGUCAUGGAAUACGGGGUGGGCGCCGACGCCUCCACUGACCUCUACAGCAUCCUGGAGGGCAAGCGCGGGGCCUGGGCCAAGCGGCAGAGCGGCGCAGUCACCCUCACCCAGCUGACGGACUUCCGUCGCAAGUGCCUGAGCCUGGCUGCCCAUGGGGGCCCGUGGCAGCCCAUCGACGCUUACGUUAUCCACGACAAGGCCACUGUCUUACCCAACGCCACGGGCCGAGGGAGUGACAACACCGGGCCCCUGGACAUUCGCAACCUGCCAUUCCAAGCCAAGCAAGACCUGGCCGACUUUUACAACGAGUGCGAGCUACACAUGGCGUGGCCGUGGCAGCUGAUGAGCGCACUGGAGGGCAUGGUCCCGAAGCCCGACGGCUCCGAGAGGGGUGUGGCUCUCAUCCCCUGGGCGAUGCGCUUCUGGGCCCAGAUGCGCAAGGUGCUGGGGGCAAGCUGGUGCGCCGCCAAGGCUGGCCACUGGGACCAGACCAUCAAGGGCAGCAGCGCCCUUUAG